GUUUGGUUUCAAAAUAGGCGAGCAAAGUGGAGGCGACAGGAGAAGCAGGAGGCAGUAAUGCAUUCGAGAAAUCUGCAAAAGGUAUUUCCUUUUGCCAAGCGAGACGCCGACCCACCUUUAUCGGCCGGUUUCUUGUUCUACCCAAUUCCCGGUCUUCGAAUGACGGGAAAGGAGACGGCCGAAGAUGCACCACCUCCUACACUGGAGGAGACCCGUGAUGACGAGUCGCUUAGUUGGAAUCUUGAAGCAGCGAAUCUGCAGAGUCAAGUGAAUCUGGCACCGGAUACCUUCGAAGUUCGGUGUGAAUUUGACAAUUGUACCUGCAAACGAAGAUGUCUGCUCCGAUAG